AGUGAGGCCGCGGGCUUAGUCUAGUGUGCAGUGUCCGCCCCGAAUGGAGUCGUCCCCGGAACCGCUCAGUGUGUUUGCCACCACGAAGGCACUGCUGUUGAAACGUUUCGUCGCCCAAGGCCACACCGAAACGUCGCUCAACAUCCUCGAUCUGGACGAGAUCGUACACAGCCACCACCGAGCCAUGGCACGCUUUGGAACGUUUGCGACCCCUUACUACCCGCCCGGCGUUAACAAUCAUCCCGCCGCGUUAACAAUCCUCAGCAAACUCGGUCUCGGGUUUAGCUGCGCCUCGAUCGCGGAAAUGGGAGCCGUGCUGGGUACUGGCGUACCUCCGCAGCGCAUCAUUCUUGCACAUCCGGUCAAAUCACCCGACACGAUACUGUACGCCAAGCAGCAAGACAUCCAGCGCAUCGUGUGCGACAGUGUGCAGGAGAUCACGAAGGUCCAGCGUCUCUACCCGACGGCGAAGAUCAUUCUACGCCUGCGGAUGUGUGUCACGCAAAAGUUUGGCUGCUGUCCAUACAAUGACGUGGAGGAGAUCUUGCACUACAUCAAGUCGACCCAAACGGUCACCGUUGAAGGUAUUCAUAUUGCUUUGCUGCAGACACCCAGUGCACCCUCCCUGCUGGGUGAAACAUUGCAAAAAGCUAUCCACAUCGCUCAGGAUGUGUUUAAUCUAGCGCACGCUCUUGGCUGUCCAGGCAUACCGGAGCUUAUACUCUCCGGUAUGGACAACGUGCCACCGGCAGAGCUGCAGCAGAUACCUACCGCCUUUAACCGCGACCCUACCUUGCGCAUCAUCAUCGAAACUGAUCGGCAGCUGGUCGAGUCAGCCGUAACGCUACUCGCUUCCGUUCAGUCGAAAAGGGUGAUCCGACUAGGGGGAACAGACGGCCCGGUGCUGGAGAUAAUGUACUUCAUCAAUGACGGCCGGUACGGGUCGUUCGAGUGGUGGAAUGCGGUUGAUAAGCGCCCAGCGGUAAUCCGGUCAGACGGAACAGUGCUGCACGCGGAGCUGACGUACCCUUCCUCACUGUGGGGACAGUCGUGCGAUUCGGCUGACAUUAUCUGCGAACGGAUCGAGCUGCCGGAGCUGGAGAUCGGUGACUAUCUGGUGUUUUCGGGGAUGGGAGCGUACGGGGUAACGCUUGCGUCGCGUUUCAAUGGGUUUCCCAUCCCGGAAACGGUUGUCUGUGCGGGACAGAGCACGACAAAGGCGCUUAUCGAAAGCACCGGUACUCGGUGGUUAAGCUAGUUGGAGUUGUGGAAUAAAUAGGCAAAAUUGGCUACAGAUAUUGAAA